AUGUCCACCGCAAACUCCGACAACGAUCUCCAAACCCCAAUCCUUGACUCUGAGUCCGCUCAGCUCCUCCAGGCUGUCUCGCAGCACGGCGGCUACGCUUACGUCAGCAUGGCGGCUCGAGCAGCGGCCGGAGACCUCCGCGCUGCAGAGGCGGCUCGCGAGAUGGCUUGGGAGCAGCUCCACUCGGGCCCCUGGCACUCAGUGCUACCCGUGUGGCGCGACGCCUACUCCAUGGCCUGCCUGCACGUGGCCAAGGUCCAUGCCAUCGCCGGUGAGUUUAGCGACGCCCUCAGGGCACUCGACAUGGGCCUCAUCAUGGGCGGCCCGCUCUUGAAACCCGACUUGCACUCCCUCGUCGCCAUUGUCUCUGCCAAAGCCAGGGCCCCUAGGGUUUCUGAAAAACAACAGCAGUGCCCCAAAUCGGACCGCCGAUUGGUCCCUGACGAUCUCGACUCGAAGGAGUUGCUUGGAGUUUUGCCCACAAAGUCACUUUCUUGUAAAAUGGUUUUGAAGAGGUCUGGUCUAUCUUUGGAGGGGUUUUUGCUUGAAUAUCUCUUACCGGGUUACCCAGUUAUAAUAAGCGAUGGCAUGGGUCAUUGGCCUGCCAGGACUAAGUGGAAUGACAUGGAUUAUCUGACAAGGGUUGCUGGUGAUCGCACAGUGCCAGUUGAGGUUGGAAAAAAUUAUUUAUACCCGGAGUGGAAGCAAGAACUUAUUACAUUUUCCCAGUUUCUUGAGAGGAUUAAGGCUAAUGGCCCUUCCUCUACUGCCCCAACAUAUCUUGCUCAGCAUCCAUUGUUUGAUCAGAUAAAUGAGCUGCGUGACGACAUAUGUAUUCCCGACUAUUGUUUUGCUGGUGGUGGGGAUCUAAGGUCUCUAAAUGCUUGGUUUGGUCCAGCUGGGACAGUAACCCCAUUACACCAUGAUCCACACCAUAAUGUGCUUGCUCAGGUAGUUGGCAAAAAGUAUAUAAGGCUCUACCUGGCUUCGUUGUCAGAGGAACUCUACCCAUACACUGAAACCAUGCUUUGCAACUCAAGCCAGGUUGAUCUAGACAACUUAGACGAGAAAGAGUUCCCGAAGAUGCGUGACUUGGAAUUUCUUGAUUGCAUUUUAGAGGAAGGUGAUAUGCUUUAUAUCCCACCAAAGUGGUGGCACUAUGUGCGGUCUCUAACAACAAGUCUCUCUGUUAGCUUUUGGUGGAGUGAGUAUGGAAGUUCAUAG